AUGUCACUGGAUAUAUUAGCUGGAUCUAUACAUCAACGAGAUCCAUCGAGAUUGUUAAACUCACAACAACGUUGCAACGCGUCGUCAACAGCCAUGCAACCAAAAGAAUGCACCACUCCAACAGCAACUAAAAAUUCACACUCCUAUCAGCAAUCAAGCACAGGAUUAAAGCGGACCAGGCUAAGUCAAGACUCUGAUGACCCAUUCAAGGAUAAAUCACAUGCCAUGGUUAAAGAUGGCCAAGAAGUAUCCAAGUUGCUGCUGCAUCACAGCUUUAACAAGUCUUUUCUCAAGAAUCAAAAUUUACUAAACUCACCAAGGGUUAGAUCUCAAGAAGUUCACACAUCUCAUACACAAUUGUAUCAAAGCUCAUUACAAGAACAGCAGCAACAGCAUCAACAGCAGCAACAGCAACAACAGCAACAACAACAACAUCAUCAUCAUCAUGCUGUGUCAACAUCACAACUACAGCGACCACCAGCUCCCUUUAAAGAAAAGUCACGUGCUUUAGAAGAAGAGGAGGAUGAUGAAGAAGAUGAGGUGUCACUUGAAGUCCUUGAAGAUAUGCAUAAACUCGAGCAGCAUUUUCCCAUCUUGGCUACUGACUACAGGUUGAUUGAUAAAAUUGGCGAAGGUACUUUUUCCACUGUGUACAAAGCCGAGGCAAUCAAUGGGAAGAUCAAACUUAAUAGCGACGUUUGGAAAUCACCGCCGUUAAAGAAGCACAAGAAUGUGGCGGUAGAGCUGAAGAAGAAAAAGAAGAAUGCUAUUGUUGCAUUGAAACAGAUUUAUGUUACAUCCUCACCAAAUAGAAUAUUCAAUGAAUUGAACUUGCUUUACAUGCUUACUGGUAACUCAAGGGUGGCUCCAUUGUUGGAUGUCUUGCGCCAUCAGGACCAAAUAUUAGCUAUAUUACCCUACUACCAUCACUAUGAUUUCCGUGAUUUUUUCCGUGAUUUGCCAAUAAAGGGUAUCAAAAAGUACUUGUGGGAGCUCUUUCAAUCAUUGGAAUAUGUCCACAGUAAAGGCAUUAUUCAUCGUGAUUUGAAACCAACAAACUUUUUAUAUGACCCCUUUAAAGGACGUGGUGUUUUAGUUGAUUUCGGAUUGGCUGAAAAGCAGGCCACACCAUCUUCGUUGCCCAAUUCUUCUUCACCUUCGUCAACAAGCUGCCCUUGCUUGUCAAGAGAUACUGUUGUUGCCAACAAAUCAUUAUCCAAGAGAAUGUAUAUAAAAGGUGCCUACCCCAAAUCUGAUAAUCGUCCCCCAAGAAGAGCCAAUAGAGCAGGUACAAGGGGGUUCAGAGCACCAGAAGUUUUAUUCAAAUGCACCAAUCAGACGACCCAAAUCGAUGUAUGGUCGGCAGGAAUCAUUGGCUUUUCAUUGUUGACGAGAAAAUUCCCCUUGUUUAAUUCACCCGAUGAUACUGAUGCCAUUUUAGAAUUGGCGUGGAUAUUUGGAUAUGAAAAAUUGAUAAAAUGUGCUGAAUUGCAUGGAUGUGGAUUAGAAAUUUCCAUGAAUCAAGUUCACAAAUCUAAUGGCAACUUGAUCAAGAUUUUGUAUGAUUUUUUGAAAACUGAAGUUGAUAAUGAAAGUAUACCUGAAGAUAGUGUGAUUUAUGAUACUAUGAAUUUGUUUAAUCCAACGGGUGAGAAAUUCAUAAGACCUACGUAUACUGAAGAGCCUGAUUUAUCUCAAGAAAACCGCAAUAUAAUGAUUGAUGAAUUUAAGAAAGAAAUGGAAGACUAUAAGGAUCACAAGUAUUUAAUGGAAUUGUUGUAUUCAUGUUUCAAAUUGGAUCCGACAAAGAGGUUCACCGCGAAGGAGAUACUUCGAUUACCAUUUUUCCAUGAAUUAUCUCCCUUGGAUAAAGAUGAAGAUAUAGUGUUUUAG